AUGGCGUUCACUACGCCCGCAUUCGUCCCUAUGAACCCACCUCUCCCCAUUGAGCCGCCUCGUCCUUGGCCUGCCUCGGACGGUACGGAUAUCCCUCUUUCUGAGUUCAUUCAAGACAUCCUGCCCAAGGCAAAUGAUCCUCAUGACCCUCCUCCCUUCCAGCAUGGUAGUGCUGUUGACCCCCCCACUCUUCGUGUUGGCGUUCCCAACACCAUUCUCUUAUUCCCCGGUUCCUUCAACCCUCCCCACCAUGGCCAUAUGAAGCUCCUGAAGCAGGUCAUGGAGGGGGUCGGCAAGGACCUGAAUGUCAUCGGUGCAAUUAUCAUCAUCGACGAUGAUGAGAGGCUGGCCGAGAAAGCCAAGAACGGCGACUUGAACCUCAAGUUCUCGCAGAGACACCGCGCUCGUUUGUGGCAUGGCGAUCGUCGUCCGCCUGUCGAUUGGGUUUGGAUCUUUUCUCACCCGGAGAGCAAGUGGUGGAAGUUCCGUUCUGAUUUGGCCGAAAAGGCCAAGAAAGACAAGUACGACAUUCGCUUUAUCCAUCUCGUUGGACCGACUCAGAUUACGGGGGACUCCCUCCCCGAUACCAAGACUUGGUCUUGUGACUACAUGAUCACGUCGGAUACGGAUUACAAACCGGGCCAAAUGGGUGUCUUGGACGUUCCGUCUGACAAAGCUUAUGAAUGCAGCCCUUGGAUUCGGGCCGGCAGUGUGAACAAUGAUAUCCACCAGCUUGCUUGCGCCAAGUUCAACGUUGACCCGACCGUGGCCACGCCCUACGCUUUUCUGCAGUACAUUCACAAUGAGUCGCAGCGCAUCGGCGCCACGGCCUUGAGCAAUUGGGUCUGCGAGCGUCGCGAGUAUCCUUUCGGAACGAUCCGCUACGUUCCAGCAGUCAGCGCCGAUGAGAAGCGAGGCAUUCAGUCUGAGCAUGUUCGGAAGUUGAUCGUUGACACCGAUGUUAAGAAGUUCCUCCAUAUCUAUCCAGCUCUCGCCGCGGCGGUUCCAGAGCCCAGGCUGAUGCUCCUGUUCGUCCGUGAUAUUCGGGCCAUGGAGAAUCCUCAUCUGUAUUUCACGAUUUUCCCACCCACUCCCAGAACGCCCGGAAAUUCGUCCAAGAAACCGGCCAAGAAGUCCCCCAAUGAGGCCUCCAAGAAACCCCUCGGCGCUCGAAAGAGAUUCAAGGACAGCGAGAGGACCAACAGCGGUCCUCACCGAGAGACUAAGAAGGCCAAGUAUGAUGACUUCGAGUACGAAGCUCUCAAUGAAUUGAAGAGGGUCAUCAACCGUGACAAGACCGAAAACCUUCAUGCCAGUUCUUGGCGCUCGGGCUGGAUCCCUCUCGGCGAUUUCGCUUAUCUCGCUGAACUCAGCAAGGUAUUUGAUGAUUCAUCCGGCGACGAGAAGAAGCCCAUGCCGGCCGAUGUGCCGGCCGACGUGGAUAGCCCCGUACAACAGCGCACGGCUCGUCGCAAGGCUUUCGCUGCCGCUGCCGCUGCCGCUGCCUCUUCCGAUACACAGGCCGGCAAAAUGAAGGCUGUCACGACCAUGUCUAGCAAGAUGGCUUUGAGGUCGAAGGCUUCGGUUUCGGGUCUUAGUGACAACUACUAUGCCGAGCUCGCAGAGGCGGCCUCUGUUGGUCAUGACGGUCAGCCCGCUGGAAUGACUGAUUCGACCACGACCACCAAGGUCUUCGCCGUCAAGGCGUCGUCUGAUGGCCAGGCUCCACGGACCCCACCUGCCCAGGUUACCUCGAAUGAGCCAUCCAAGGGAAGUGCCGGCGAGCUAGCCAAGACAGAGAUGAACAUCGAUGGAUCUCAGCCGUUCAACAUCGUCGACUGGUCCCAUCCUAACGGGGGUGUCUACCUGCGGGGUCCCCCCGGACAGCAAUCUUGA